UAGAAAAAUUUGAAUGAACCUCACACAGCCACGACAAAAAGCAAUAUUUUAUUUAGAAAGAAAAAAAGAGAGUGACCGAAAAGUUGAAAAAUAAAAAUAAAAGAGGCACGUAAAGAAAAGAAAAUGACAGUGUAAUAGGCAAAAAGAGAAAAAGGAACAGAGAGUUGGUUUGGAAUAGCGCGAUAGCGUGUUGUUAUAAAUUGAUUCGGUGGAUACACUCUCGUUUGGUUCCUUCUUCAAAGCUGUUCGAUUAUCCGUUUUCUGCAUCAUCAUGGGUACUUCUGAACCCGGUUUCGAAGAUUUUCUUGAAGACAAGAAGCGCGUUAGGAACCCUUUUGUCCCCGUUGGCGCACUUAUUACUGCCGGUGUGCUAACGGCUGGCUUAAUCAGCUUUAGACAAGGUAAUUCUAAGUUAGGCCAGAAGUUAAUGAGGGCUCGUGUGGUUGUCCAAGGUGCUACAGUUGCUCUCAUGGUUGGCACUGCCUAUUAUUAUGGCGAUAAUCCUUGGCAAGCGAAAUAAACUUUUAAUAGCUAACUAGAUAAUUGCUUGGUCUCUUGUUGGUGUUAGUUUUGUUUAUGUGAAAUGGAAUUUGGUCAUUUGAGGACAAAAUCCUUGCCCACAUCUUAAAUUUGAAUCAUUUUCUUUCAACGCAUAACAAUUGAAUUCUUAUAUGGAUGUAUACUAUACUUCUUUCAAUAAAAUUAAUUACUCUCAGUUGACUGUUGCUGUCCUGAGGAAGCAGAAUGGAA